CAUUAAACCCUUUUCAAAAUUUUGUUUCUUUUGAUGGUUUUUGGGGUCUGUUGUAUUUCCGUGCUUUCUGGUUCUAAUUCUUUAUUCUUGAUUGCUAAAAAUGGAGAAGAUGGGAGAUUUGGAGCCGAAGAAUCUGCUUAAUGAGUUGAUACAAGGAAGGGAGUUAGCUAAGCAGCUUCAAUUUCAUCUCAAUGCUCCGACUUCUUCCAAAGAAAGCCGGGAAUUACUGCUCCAGAGGAUCCUGGUUUCAUAUGAGAAGGCUCUUUCAAUUCUCAUGAACUGCGGUACCUCGGCGGCUGCAGAAGUGCAGCCGACAGGGCCAAUCAGAAUGGUUGAAUCUCCGCCUUCCCCUCGGAGUGAGGACUCCGAUCGUGAUGUCAAGGAUUCAGAAGCCAAAGAUACCCCCAAGAAAAGGAAGACUUUGCCAAGGUGGACACAACUUGUACCAGUGACAUCUGGUACAGGACUAGAGUCACCUCUUGAUGAUGGCUUUAGUUGGAGGAAAUAUGGACAGAAAGAUAUUCUCGGAGCUAGAUAUCCUAGGGGCUACUACAGAUGCUCCCAUAGGAAUGUGCAAGGUUGCUUGGCUACAAAGCAAGUGCAAAGAUCCGAUGAAGAUCCAACGAUCUUCGAGAUUACUUAUCGUGGAAGGCAUACUUGCACUCAAGCCCCCUCUUCAUCCCAAAUCCCUCCCACGUCAUCCCCCAGAAAACAAGAUCAAGACACUCAUUUAGUAAACCCCCAGCAACUCAACCAGCAACAGUCACAGAAUGAUUUACUGUUGAACUUUCAGAAAGAGCUUCGAGUUGUAACAGAAAACUUAGACAUUCCCCAGUCGCAUCCUUAUUCCUCAUUCCCUUUUCCAUCCACAUCAAAUAUAGAGGCAGAGAAUGCCUUAAUUUCGUCUUCAGUGAUGGGACACUUUUCUCCUUCCUUUACAUCGCCUGGGGCAUCCGGGACCGGGACUAAUUAUUUUCAGAUUGGAGACGAGGGGAUGACUGGUGUUCAAGGGAGCCUGAAUUUUCAGAGUUCUAACUCUGAGAUUACUGACCUCAUCUCGGCUACCACUUCCACAACAAAUUCUCCCACGGUUGGGUUGGGUUUCCCAUAUGGUAAUGUCGAAUUCGGAGACCCCAACUUCUCAUUUAACAAUUCUGGUUUCUUCCCUUAGUCAACACAUUCCACAAAGGAUCUCUGUAGCUUCAAGAAAAUGUAACAGUAUCCUCUUUUUUUUUUUGUAAGAGAAAUAAGUUUUCCUUUUUCCCUUCUACUUUUGGGUCUGCAAUAAUUUUAGAAAUUUUUGUUUUAACUGAAAGCUAUUAAUGUCAAUAUCUUAAGAGAUAGGAUACGGAUUUUUCUAGGAGCAAUAAUAUGCAAACAAUUUA